AUGACUUCAAAGUACAUGGAGAGUAUUGGCGCUUCUGGCGACUGCCAGCUCCAUCCCAUUGUUCCGGGUAUAUAUGUACCCACCCUCUGCUUUUUCAAUCCGGAGACUGAGGAUCUUGACCUUUUAACCAUCGGUAAACACGCCGUGAGACUUGCGCAAGCUGGAGUAACCGGACUCACAAUCCACGGCUCCAACGGGGAAGCUGUCCAUUUGUCCAACGAUGAACGGAGCGAGAUUAUUCGUACGACAAGAAAGGCCCUUAACGACGCCGGGUUUCAAUCCAUGCCCCUGAUGGCGGGCUGCAGCGCAAACUCCACCAGAGAAACCAUCAAGCAAUGUCAAGAUGCCUACAAAGCUGGCGCCGACUGCGCUCUAGUCCUGACGGCGUCUUACUAUCGUACCUUGUUUACACCAGACUCGGUGAUUCAAUAUUUCCACGACGUUGCAGACGCCUCCCCGAUUCCUAUUAUCAUUUACAAUUAUCCACCGGUCGUUGGCGGGCUUGAUCUAGACUCUGACACCCUGAUCACCCUGAGCAAACAUCCAAAUAUCAUCGGUUGCAAAUUUACCUGUGGAAAUACAGGGAAGCUAAACCGCGUCGUCGCUGCGCAGCGUCGAGACGCCUCAGGCUCCUCAGGGAAACCAACGGCUCCAGGUUUCUUAUGUUUCGGCGGCUCGGGAGAUUUUACCCUCCAGACCCUGAUCGGUGGUGGUGUCGGGAUUAUUGGUGGUAUUGGCAAUCUAGCUCCAAAAACCUGCGUUCAAGUUGAGCAGCUGUUCCGCCAGGGCAAGUUGGCGGAGGCACAGAAAGUCCAAGAGGUUCUGGCUAGGGGCGACUGGGCUGCAAUUCAAGGUGGCGUGGUUGGUAUUAAGUCCGCAAUGAUGUCCCAUUGCGGAUACGGAGGCUAUGGGAGGAAGCCACUUCCCCGACCAACAGAGGAGGAGCAGAAGGUUUAUGCGCAGCAGUUCCGGGAGCUUGUUGAGUUUGAGAAUUCCUUGUAA